AUGGGCUCUACGACUGCUGUACUGCCCGUUGGCAACGCCGAUGGGUCGCUAACGCUGACAAAGCACACAGCGACUGAAAAAGAGAGUCGGACGCUGGCGCUGGAAGACGCGUUCCUGCGGCUGAAACGCUUGCAACGUCACUACGAACUGCUCUGUAUCCAAGAGGAGUACGUGAAAGACGAGCUUCGCCAUCUUCAACGAGAGUUCGUGCACGCCCAGGAGGAGGUUAGACGAAUUCAGUCGGUUCCACUUGUUCUGGGAAGUUUUCUGGAAGCUAUCGAUGAGCACUACGUCAUAGUGAGCAGUACAACUGGAGCAAACUCGUACGUGCGGUGUCUGUCCACCGUUAAUCGUGAACUCCUCAAACCGAACGCUACGGUUGCUUUACAUCGCCACUCUAAUGCACUGGUAGAUACACUGCCGCCCGAGUCGGACUCGAGCAUUGCAAUACUAGAGCAGAGCGAAAAGCCCGAUGUCACCUAUGCUGAUAUUGGCGGCCUCGAUACCCAGAAACAAGAGAUUCGUGAGGCAGUUGAGCUCCCUCUAACAAACCCGGAGCUCUUUCUAUCCAUCGGCAUUGAUCCGCCGCGCGGUGUCUUGCUCUACGGACCACCGGGUACCGGCAAGACGCUACUGGCGAAAGCAGUUGCGCAUCAUACAACCGCCGCCUUCAUUCGUGUGCAAGCCUCGCAACUUGUGCAGAAAUACCUCGGCGAGGGCCCACGCAUGGUUCGUGACAUAUUUCGUCUUGCCCGCGAAAACCAGCCGGCUAUUGUGUUUAUCGAUGAGAUCGACGCGGUAGCAACCAAGCGCUUUGAUGCGCAAACCGGGGCCGAUCGUGAAGUGCAGCGCAUUCUCAUGGAGCUUCUUCAGUGCAUGGACGGAUUCGAUCAACAAGAUAAUGUGAAAGUGAUCAUGGCUACGAAUCGGGCCGAUACGCUAGAUCCAGCGUUGUUGCGCCCAGGGCGCUUGGAUCGCAAGAUUGAAUUUCCGGUGCCAGACCGCCGCCAGAAGCGCCAAAUAUUUCAGGUCAUCACGGGGAAAAUGAACCUCGCCGAAGACGUCGACCUUGAGGAGUUCGUGUCGCGACCAGAUCAUCUAUCCGGUGCUGCUAUUGCUGCGAUCUGUCAACAGGCGGGCAUGUUGGCUGUGCGCAACAAUCGAUAUGUGGUGCUCCACAAGGAUUUCGAUAUCGCCUACAAGGAGAAUGUCGGUAAGGACGAAACCGAGUUCGCAUUUUAUCGCUGA